UACGGGGACAUACCGGCACUCUCCUAAUCUACAGCCUUGUGGAGAGCUGGAGGCUGCCCCUGAUGAAGAGACACGUGUAGGGGGCUCAACAAGAUGAGUGGGGGCUGAUCCCCGGGCUGCAGAAACCCAUUUGUGGUGCCAGACUAUAGCUGACCAUAGUCAUAAGGCCUUCAGAUACUUUAAAUAAUGGCUACGGGGACAGAGGCACCCAUAGGUGGCAAUACCCAGAAUCUUGCCCUGGAACGUUGCUUGGGAAUUCUUCGAACCGCAAAGAAUGACAGUGAGCAGUUUGCUGCUUUACUUCUGAUAACAAAAUGUGUAAAAGCUGAAGAACUGGAUAAUGGUGCACGACAUAGGAUCUUUGAUGUGGUUGGUUUUUCUUUCCUGAAUCGCCUUCUGUUUUCAAAGAAUACACCAGAUGGAUGCCCGGACUACUUGUACCAAAGCCUUGGGUUGACUCUUCUGGCUUGUUUCUGCACAGACCCUUCUCUUGCUUCGCAUCCACAGUCUAUCAAUAAAAUUCCAAUUCUGAAUGAAACUCUCAAUAUCUCCUGCCAGGAUGACCUGGGAGAUUUAAACUCUAUGGUGGAGGAUGCCUACCAAUGUCUUCUAGGCAUUCUUGCCUCUCCUGAGGGGGGCAAGCACUUAGUGACUGGUGGCACAAUAUCUUCCCUGUGUGAGGCAUAUAUUAAGCAGAAUCAUGGAUGGACAACUGCCCUUAGAAUACUUACAUCUUUACUCGCUUCUCUGCCAGACAAAUCUUGGAAGAAAAGCUGCAAUGAACUGCAGUGUCUGCUGGUUAAACUUAGUGAAGACUUUGACAAUGAAGGAGACAGUCAUAAAUUCCACUUAGCAGAAAUCCUUCCUGUGUUUCUUCCUCCAUCACCGCUUCUGAUUGAGACGUCGUGGGGAGCAAACUGCCUAAGACAUCUAACUAAAGGUUUGCUUAAAAUCCUGAGUAGUAAGCUAAGUAUUUCCCAGCGAGACCCCGCACUGAAGCUUGCAGCAUGUCUCUCCAAUAUAUAUGGAUCUUCCUGGAUCAUGAUUGAGGGAAGAGGAGACAAGGCAAAAUUCUUGUCUCUGCUGGUGAACUUGGCAUGUGUGGAGGUAAGGAUGGCACUGGAAGACCCCUUACCACUGGAUUCAAGACAAGCUCCUGCCACAGCAUGUUAUACCCUUGUUGAGAUGGGUAUUCAGGAAUGUACCAAAGAGGAAGGUUAUCCAGUGCUUAGAGAGGAUCAGAAGCUGCAGCUCCUCCAAGUGAUGCAAGAGGCAUGCGCAGCGGUCAUAUACUAUUUGCAGCAGGUAGGUUGGGAAAGAAUGGAGGAUCCUUUUAUACUGGCUUCGGUCAGGUUGCUGGGAGCAUGGCUUGCAGAAGAAACAUCUUGUUUUAGGAAGGAGGUCAUCCAGCUGCUGCCUUUCCUUAUACAUUACAUGAGAACAUGGUUUCAGCGAGGAGUUACCUACAGAAACCAACUCAAGGAAGCAUCCCAGAUGGCAUUACUGAGCAGCAGCUGGGGUGCAGUGUGGCCUGGAGAUGCCAUAAGGUUCUUGCUUCCUGCUCUGUGCCAUUUGAGUGCUGAAGAAGGUCCACGAAAAAUCCUCAUCUCUGAAGGAGUUCCUGCCCUGCUCUGUGAAUAUUACCAACAAAAGUGGGAGAUAUUCUCCUCUGAGAAAGAGGUAACUGCAGAGAGAAAGUAUGAGGCCCAGCUAAGUCUACAGAGCUGCUGCGGGGUCUUCCUCAAUGUGGUGGUGACGGAGCCAACGUUUGUUGGUCAGGAAAGCUGCUUUGUGACCCUUCUGAAACUUCUUAUGCAGUCUCUUCCUGUACUACUGACAAAGGAAGGCCAGCUGGUUCUUGUGGCGAACAUUUCCACUCUAGGACUGAUGAUGAGUCGUUUACAUGCUUCUUCUCUAGUUCUUCAAGAAAGUUUCUCCCAAGAUUUCUUUUUGGCAGUCAUCAAGUUCUUGAGCCAUUGCCAUGUGAUGUCCAGUCACCCUGAUGAAGAAAAGCCACAUAUUGUCCUCAGUGACAGCUAUGCAGCGGCGUGGACAGACAUCUCUGAAUUGUGGUUCCUGGGGGUACAAGCUUUUUCUGCCUGCCUUCCUCUGUUACCCUGGUUGUCCUCUCUGGUGCUUACAUCUGGCUGGUUACAAGACUUGCUGGGCCUACUAGAUAAGGUGUCACCGCAAUCUGUGGACUUAGAGCUAGUGACUGUGCUGCAGGCCCUUCUCACACAGCUGGCUCAGGUCAGUGUCCCGUGCAGAGAGCUUAUCCAGCAUCAUGGAGGUGUAGAGAAGGCUAAUCUAUUUGGCAUGGCUGCCCUAGAACAAUGUUUGUCUGAAAUGCUCUGAGCAGUCACUUUUCAGCAGAGUAGUGUCUACUUGUUAGAAAAAUAACACUUCUAUUUAACAGUAAAUAGUAGAAAUGAAUCCUGCACUCACCGUGUCUACCCAAUUAUAGAAGAAGUGGCUUCAUGGAGGGAGUAAGACUUCUAUUGGGGGCUCAGAGGAGUUCUAUUUAAAUUUGAGUCUAAAACCUGCCGAUGUGAGAAGCGAUGACUAUCCCAAAAAAUCAUCAUAUAUGCAUAUGCAUGUUUUGUAGAACUGAAAUAUAUGAAUAUGCUUUUUUUAGGCAUGGUUAUUGAUAAUAUACGAUGUCUAAUUCAGAGCCAGCACAGCUCCAGAACCUUUGCACUGGCUUCUUAAAAAAAAAAAAAAAAAAUUAUAAAUAAAUUUUCCCCAAACUUUGGCACACACAGUAAUUGAAAAGGGUACUCCGGUGGAAACUUUUUUUUUUUUUUUUUUUU